ACGUGUGCAGAAGUCCUUCUUGUUCUGGUCGUUGUUCCCGUCUGAGUACCAGCUCCCUAUUGCCCUGAGGGCGAGCGGACCUGCGGCAGAGUGAAGAAGGAGGAGAAGGAAAUUGUCCCGGAUCCCUGCAGGCCUCCGAAUUAGGAAAGAGUUUCAUGUCCUGAGGACGGGCCCGUCCACCAAACACUGAGUCGCGGCUGUUUCCCGUCUUUCUGUUGGUGACUGGAUCUUCCUGACCGUGGCUCUGUGUCCAGUGGGUGCGAGCUUCUCCCGGGUUGCCAGUCUUUCAGUAGUUGCGGCACCACGCCAGGCAAGGGGAGAGGAAGGAAAUUAACCCCGAUCGGUGAAGGUCGAUUUGAGGGUCUGCCGUAGCAGGUGGCACCACUUGAAGCGAGGGAGGAAGUUUCCACGGAUCAGUAGAGACCGCAGGGGUUGUUGGGCGUGGCUCACCUCCAGGGGAGGGAAGAAGGGGCUAUCUGGCUGACUUGAGGAGGUCCACCUGCAAUAUCGGCUACUUUGGCCUUGAAGUGGCUGAAGAGGAUUACUCUCUACUGCCUGACACCCAGGCCAUAGCCCUCCUCCCCCAGCCUGAGUGACCAUUGAUUCCUUGGUCCCUGCUCUUGUCAGGGACGAUUGCAUGGGCUACGCCAGGAAAGUAGGCUGGGUGACUGCGGGACUGGUGAUUGGGGCUGGUGCCUGCUAUUGCAUUUAUAGACUGACCCGGGGAAGAAAACAGAACAAGGAGAAAAUGGCUGAGGGUGGAUCUGGAGAUAUGGAUGAUGCUGGGGAUUGUCCUGGGGCCAGGUACAAUGACUGGUCUGAUGAUGAUGAUGACAACAGUGAAAACAAGGGCAUAGUGUGGUACCCACCUUGGGCCCGGAUUGGAACUGAGGCCGGGACCAGAGCUAGGGCCAGGGCCAGGGCCAGGGCUACCCGGGCUCGUAGAGCAGUCCAGAAACGAGCUUCCCCCAAUUCAGAUGAUACUAUUUUAUCCCCUCAAGAGCUGCAGAAAGUUCUUUGCUUGGUUGAGAUGUCUGAGAAGCCUUAUAUUCUGGAAGCAGCUUUAAUUGCUCUGGGUAACAAUGCUGCUUAUGCAUUUAACAGAGAUAUUAUUCGUGACCUGGGUGGUCUCCCAAUUGUUGCAAAGAUUCUCAAUACUCGGGAUCCCAUCGUUAAGGAGAAGGCUUUAAUUGUCCUGAAUAACUUGAGUGUGAAUGCUGAAAAUCAGCGCAGGCUUAAGAUAUACAUGAAUCAAGUGUGUGAUGACACAAUCACUUCUCGCUUGAACUCAUCUGUGCAGCUGGCUGGACUGAGAUUGCUUACCAAUAUGACUGUUACUAAUGAGUAUCAGCACAUGCUUGCUAAUUCUAUUUCAGACUUUUUCCGUUUAUUUUCCACGGGAAAUGAAGAAACCAAAUUUCAGGUUUUGAAACUCCUUUUGAAUUUGGCUGAAAAUCCAGCCAUGCCCAGAGAACUUCUCAGAGCCCAAGUGCCGUCUUCCCUGGGCUCCCUCUUUAAUAAGAAGGAGAACAAAGAGGUUAUUCUUAAACUUCUGGUCAUAUUUGAGAACAUAAUUGACCAUUUUAAAUGGGAAGAAAAUGAACCUACUCAGAAUCAGUUCAGCGAAGGUUCACUGUUUUUCUUUUUAAAAGAAUUUCAAGUUUGUGCUGAUAAGAUUCUGGGGAUAGAAAGUCACCAUGAUUUUUUGGUGAAAGUAAAAGUUGGAAAAUUCAUGGCCAAAGUGACUGAACAUAUGAUCCCAAAGAACCAAGAGUAACUUGUUGAUUUUGUAGUGCAGAAGCAACACACAUUGUAAACUAUUCCUUUUCUCCACCUUGUUUAUAUGGCCAAGGAAUCCUUUCAGCUGCCAAUUUUGAAUAAUGAACAUCAUAUUGUAUCAUCAACACAGAUAUUAUCCGAGUUGAUCUUCGGGUUUAAGCUGGAUGAAUGAAUAUCACUACUUGUUCUGAAAAUGUUUGUUGCUUUUUAUCUCCCUGCCUAGAUUGAAAUAUUUUCACUGUUUCCUCCACAUAAGUGACAGUGAACCAAUUCAUCCUAAGUAAGCUCCCUCCUGUCAUUUACAUUGACUUUAUUUGUGCAUCAUCAAUAAACUUGUAUGUUAAUGCUGGAAAGAAAAAAAAAGAAAGAAGAAAGAAAGAAACCAUCCUUGUCCUUUCGUUUAUAAUCUAGAUAGAAAGAUAAGAAACAUACAAACUAAACAAGAUAACAGAAUAUCUGGAGCAUAUAGUGAUUGUGUGAUGUACGCUCUCAGGACACAGAGGAAGCUGAAGCUUCUGUGGGGGAGGUAGUGAGCUCAAGAUUCAUGUAGAAAGUAGCCUUUUAAAAUGAGUCCUGAAUUGGAUAAUUGGCUAGGGCAUUCCAUGAAAUGGGACGAAAGGGUCACUGGUGUAAGAAGACCUGGAGGUAGGAACUUUCUUCCUAGACAGUGAGGGCACGGUCUAUUUAGACUGGGAGUGUAAGGAAUGAAAGUAAAUACUUUUGAAAGCUGGGUGAGACCAGUUUGUAGCAAGCUAGUUGAAUACCCCCUCACACACACACUGGACCCGGAGAGCCACUCAAUUUUUUUUUACUAGAAAGAAUAAUAGGAACUCAUACAGAAGCCCCUGUCUCCCACUGUGCAGUGUCUGUGAGGGCGUGGCAAAAUGGACUCUUUCAUACUCUAGUGCUGGGGAUGAGUUUACCCUGGCACAGGCUUGGGGAAGGCCAUUUAGUACCACAUACCAUAAACCUUAAAAUAUAUAAACCCUUUAUACCAAGGGAGUAAUUGCAUUAUUGGCCAAAGACUGUCUGUAUAAGGCUGUAUAAUCCCGGCAUAGUCUGAAAUAGUAAAAAUUACAGACAAGUGACUAGCACGCUGGAUUGGUUAAAUAAAUUAAAGAGUAUUCACAUGGUAUAUGAUAAAAAUGUUGAUGGAAAUCUAUAUUUUCAAGAGAAUAUAUUCAUCAUGCAUUGUUAAAUGAGAAAGGUAGUUUCAAUAGCAGAAUUCAUAGUAUGAUUCUGUUUUUGAGGAUAAUAUAACAUACAUUUAAAAAGACCCUAAAAACAGACACCCAAAUAGUGAUAGUGCUUAUCUUUGGGUGGAAGGAUAGUGUGCGAUCUUUAUCUUUUUACUUUUUAUUCAUUUUUGUGGUUUAUUUAUCUGAAAUGACUAUUGAUUUUUAGGAAGUUUUGGAAAAAGAGACGUGCUGGUAAUGGAGCAGGUGAUUGCUUUGAGAGCAUGUACUGAGUGAAAAACAUAUUUAUAUAAAAAAUGAGAUGGAUUGAAAUUUCCUCUCUGAAAUGACAGAUGAGUGGUGAAGACAGGGCUUGUUAUGAGGACAAAAUGAAAUAACACAUGCCAAAUACUUAGCAUCUUCUGGCACUUAGCAGUUAAUUAAGAAAAGUGAGUACCCUUAAUUCCCUAGAAAGCAGGAUUGAUAGUUUUUUGGUUGACCUUUGUUUUGCUGAGGCAUUCUGCCAUGUGUCAGUGUCAUUUAAUAAAUAAUAACAAUAAAGGAUAGCAUUUAUUAAGUGAGUGCUGUGUAGAGUUCUGUCAUUCCUGCAAGGCAGCUGUUAAGAUAAUUUCUCAAAGGAAUAAGGACUCGGUGUGUUUCCUCAGACAUGAUCUCACCAGCCCCCACAACAUGUUCUUACUCAGUUUUGGGAUGCUGUCCUGCAUCAGAUAUGAGACCAGGGGAGAGUAAAAUCUGCUGUUCAGUUAUCAUCUGGCUUUAAGCCCAGGCUCACAUGUGUGCUCUCACGUCUUAUGUAGCAGACAAAACGACUAGGGAAUGGUUGGUUUAAAGUCUCUCGGUAUGGUGCCCUUAGUGAACCACAUAUAUGUGAGGAUUCUUUGGACACGUUUGUAAGCGUGGGGCGCAGAAAAGAGAACUCUGUUACUAUGUAGCAGAAAAAGAUGUAAAAUCCAUGUAAAAUAGAGGUACCUGUGCCACAGCUAGGUAGAGAAACCCUGUUGUCAUUUUAAUGUAUUGAUCUGGAGAUCAGAGGAGGAAACUGGGCUGAAAGUAAGAACGUGGAUGAUGAAUGAAUUGAAGACUUGGGAAUGAGAGAAGAAUGAGAAAGAAUGAGCAGAGGGCUAAAGAAACUAACAGACUAUGGCCACUGGAGAAAAGCAGCACUGGACUGAGACACUGUAUCCCCUUCCAGACUCUUUUUGCUGUUCAUAGUCCUAUACAUUUUAUUCAUAAAAUUCAAUGACACUGUAGAUGCAUUUUCAGAGCCUGACAGAAAAAUGUUUUCCUAAAAAAUACUCACUGGAGAUAUUUGAGAAAACGACAACAAAAUUGUCCCCUGAUCCAGAUUUGUAGCUUGAACUUGUGAAGAAAUUUCAGAUCAAGCCAUGUUGACCUUGGGGUUCUGAGUGAUGUCUCAGCAUGGGGUGAAAGCAACAGCCACCUGUGGCAGGGACACAGGCCUUGCAGGUCUCCUGACCCUUCCCUCCCCUUCUUUCCAACGUCUAGUCCCUCCUUCUUGGAGAUAAUGACAAUAGUUUCCUUGUGCUUAUCUCUGGAGUGACCAUUGAACUCCCAUCACACCCGGCCAAGCACCAGUGGGCACUGGAUACAGAGUAUAGUGGUGGUCACCAUGGAGCACAGUGACCUCAUGUGGGGCUGGAGGCAGGAUUUGGCGAUCCCUGGUUGAGCAGAGACUGAGAGGAACUAGUGUUAGCAUGGCCCAGCCUUAGGUGCACUGCACUACUCUGGGGGCCCCCAGCAGGUGUUGUUUAUGACUGAAUCACCAGACUCUGGAAGUGCCUCGUGGAACAGGUGUGGGACUGCCUGACCUGGGAGGCCUCUUGGCCAGGCCACACGUUGUUGUCGUGCUGUGAGUUCAUGCAAGAGGGCCACUCUCAGUCAUCUUGGGAAGGGCACAGUUGUAGGACUGUGGCAGCUCACGGGGACAGGAGGAGGCCCGGUCCUCUGUCUGAGAAAGGAUGACAGCUCAUGGGAAGCUGAGGGAAGUGGCAACUCAAAGGAUCCUGCUGUUCUGGUUUUGUUCUACUCUGAUGGUUUUCGGACUGUAAGUGGGUUUAUCCCAGUCCAGUGUGUUCAAAGGCAUUUUGCAAAGAUGGAGGGCAGUUCCCUUACAAAUGGUCCCCCGAAGUAUAGCAUUUCAAGGGGCACAGGAAACUGGUUUUACUUGCCUUCUUUCUAAAGAGAUUUCUUUAGGUUUAGCAAAUUGAUGUGGUUCUGGAAAAUGCUGUGCUUAUGCCUCUCUUUUGCUUAAUUUCUCUGCUAAGUUCCCUUGAGAAUGACUUUUCUAGGCAUGCUUAUGCUUACUUCCUAUGCUACAUCAUGCAUGCUACAUUAUACCCCAGGCAAGUUUCCUCCAGUUUCUGUUCAAGCUGUGGCACUUCCUUGCCUUUGACCAGGACUGUCUGGCAGCAAACUGGGAUACUGGCUCCUGGUCUGCCUUCCCUGAGGGGGUGGUCUUAAGCAGGAUAAGGGGUGUCUGCUUUUCAGUGUCCUGCCUCCGUGCUGGACCCUCUCCUCUGGGUCCUCAGGCCUGUGGAGAGGCCUGUGCAGUCUGUGUGCUUGGGGCCAGGUAGGGGGCAGGGAGGCAGGGAGGAGAGGGGGAGGACGUCUUACUGGAGGGCUAACUCUAUAGGCUUCUGCAAAUGCCGGCCCUCCACCACUGAGCGUGACUGGCUGACCCCACUGACCUGUUACACUUAAAGGGAAAAGUGGGUGUAAAACACCCAUCUUUGGACUGACAGUUUCUUGUUCAGUGAGCAUUGCUAGGAUUGCUGAGGCCAUAGCACCAAAUGGAGUGGAAUUUCUCUUUGAAAAUACAAAACAAAAUGAUAAUUUAUGCUCUUAUAAGAAAUACAGUUACUAGGUAGAUCAGAUUCUUAAGUGUUUGUUGCUCAGUACAUUCUCUCCCUAAGAACAAUUCACAUCAGAAACCAAAUUAUUGUCACAAGUUUGUUUAUUUAGUGCUGAAGGAAUCAGGCUUAACUGAAGUAGCUAGAUAUUGUUACCCUCAAAGGAGGAGAAUCAUGCUGCUAUGGGUAUGGACUUGUUGAAAUCAAAUGCUGGUAUUCAAGGGCUAGAGUGUGUUUCUCUGACAUAAUUACAAAUGUCCUCUGCCUAGAGCCUCAGUGGAUGGUAGUUUUAUGAUUAUUAAGAUGUAUCAUGAAGGAAAAUUCAUAUAGAAUUUGAGAGAUAUACAUUCUUAGAGCAGAUGACUGUAGUACUUGCAUUCUCCCCAACACAUUGAUUACUCUUUCUGCAUUUUUUUGUCCAAUGAGUAAUAAUAAUUUGUUACUAAACUCAUGUAAAAUGAAUUGUCACCUCUUUAGUUAUUUCUUUUCUUUUUUUCAGAGGUAGUCUAUUAGAUAUUAGAAUUGCUUCUUUUUUGAUACAUUAGAAAAGAAGGAAUCUAGGCAAGACCAAGCUAAACAAACAGUAUUUAAAAUAUUUUAUAAAGCUUAAACCCAUUCAAGCUGAUUUGGAGUGUGAUCUUCAUUAACAUCUUCGAUCAUCACCUCUUAACUGGCCUAUGAAAUCUAUAACAAAAAAUUGGAAGUAUUGCAUUUUGCCACUUAAGAAAAUUAAAUUCUGGAUGAUCCUUUUGAUAUAAAAUUAAUAUCUCUAUGUCUUCCACUAUAAAUGCCCUAACCUGUGAAUGUUUUUAAUUAUACAACCUGUAUAUAUAACCACAUUUAUUUAGGUGGAUUUGUUAUAAUUGGGGAAAUAUUCAAACAUUAUUAGUAAAUCCCUCUAAUCUGUUUUCAGCUAUUUUUUUUUAAGCUGAUAGAAGGCACAGGUACAUAUUUGUUUUAGCUUGGAAAGGGGAAAUGUUAGCAUCUGGGGAAGAAAGUCAUACUGUAGUUUCUGUAGUGGAAGACAAGAUUAUGUAUCCAACUGGGUACUGACUCCAUUCUGAGACAUAUUUGGCAGUUCCCAGCACUCUGAAUGGAUGUUUUUCACAAUGUACUCUAAACUUCUUUAUUGUGUUUUCUUAAACCAUAAAAGCAGCACAUACCUAUAAAAAAACUAAAACAGAUAAACAUAUAAAUUAAAACAGGAAAGUAACCUCUUCUCAUUCAUUUUUACAGAGUUACUAGUAUCAGUCUAAUAGAUUCUAUGUCUGUACAAACAUAAAUGAUGAAAAUGAACUCAUGGUCCAUAUAUUAUUCUGUUUUGCAACUCUUAUUUCACUUGAAAUACAGUCAUGUUUAUUCUUAUAAGCAUAUCUUACCUCAUUUAAGAAUUUCUCUGCAGAUGAUCUAUAUUUUUAGGUAGUCAGAUCAUUCAGUUUUUCCCAGUGUGGCUUCUACCUUUGGACUCAGGUUGAAUCAGACUUUUCUCACCUCAAAUUUUUAUCUUUUCUUCAAACCUUUAAUAAUAGCUGUGCUUGUAUAUGUGUGUGUGUGUUUAAUCCUGGUAUAUAUUUUUGUGUAUGGUGUGAAGUAGGGAUUUAAUUUUACUUUAUUUCCCAGCCCUAAACAUUGAAUAUGUUUCCUCUACUUUCUGGCAGGACUUUUCAUACAUUAUUAGUCAUAGAUUAUUUACAAAAUGUUAUUCUCUAUGAAUGGAAAUAUUAUUGCUCUUCUUGUUGUCGUUGAAGUAUGAUGUACUGAGGACUGUUGGUGAGGUACUAUAUCACAGAAUCUGUUUUAUUAAAGAUACAAUGAAAAGUA